AUCUUGGCGGGAAAAUUUCACCAACUCAAAUCCAUCCAGCCUGAGCUGCACCUGUGGGUGUCGUAUGGCAUGGGGCGUCACUUCCGGUACCUGAGUAUUAACACCAUUUGUGAAGGUCUGGGUGAAGCAAGGUCUAUCGCAUUGCCAGUGUUCCACGCACUCAGUGGCUGUGACACCACAUCAUCCUUCUACGGGAAGGGCAAGUUAACAGCAUGGCAAACUUGGGACAUCUACAAAGAUGUAACUCCAACUUUACAGUUCCUGGCUCUCAACCCCUUCCAUCAACUAACUCUGGACUCCGAGCACUUCAAGCGCAUCGAGAGGUUCACUGUUAUUCUCUACGACAAAUUGAGUCCGUUUGCUUGCAUCAACGAUGCAAGAAUGGAACUCUUUUGUAAGAAUAACCGCGCCAUGGACAAGCUUCCACCGACAAAGGACGCCCUUCUGCAACAUGUCAAGCGCUGCAUCUACCAAGCGGGGAUCUGGACAUCCAGUGAGAUUUCACAGCCGGUGUUGCCUUCGCCAGACCAGUUUGCGUGGAUCAAGGAGGCUGGCACAUGGGUUCCUCGAUGGAUCACAAUACCAGAGGUUUUAAAGGGUUGCAGCGAACUGACAAAGUGCAGCUGUAAAGGAGUGUGCACCAGGUGUAAGUGCAUCAAAGCACACCUAGAAUGCACACUAUUGUGCAAGUGCAAAUGCCGCAACACUUGAACAGCCAUGCAAGGCAAAUAGGUUUUUGGGACAAACCUAUAUUUGUGUCAAAGAACAACAAGGAAUGGGCUCAUUCAGUAUACAUCUGGCUGCUUAGAUGAUUGCCUUACUUUUAUAUGACACACUAGGCCAAGGAGU